AUGAAUUUCCUUCGCUAAUUAUCUGUCUUUGCUGUGGUAUGACUCCUAUAAAUCCAAUUGUUUUAACCUAUUAACAUAUGUUUUGUUAUAAAUGUAUAUAAGAUAGUCUUUAAGAGGAAUUGCUCUACCCAGUAUGUCAGGAGUUUAGUUUUUUCACUUAAACUUAGCAUAAAUAAAAAAUAUAAAGAUCUUAUCAAUUGGUAUCUGAAGUAAUUUUAGAUUGAAGAAGAACUAAAAAUUGAAGAAAUAAUACAAUCAGAUGGUUUUAAUAGAUUACCAAUCUUUAAUUUUGAAUAAACAGUCAUAGUUCAUAUGGAAACACAAUUCACUUUUUUUGAAUUUAGAUAUUAAGAAAUGAUCAGAAGAGUAUGCUCUGGCUCUUGUAAUUUUAUUGUUUUAGGAGAUUUUAUCAAUGGGGAUUUAGUUAAAAUUAAAAAUAUUAAAAAAAUUAAUAUAGGAUACUAAGUAUUCGUUGAGGCAAUAGCAAGAGUAAAAAUUAGAUCAGUAUACAAUUAUUUCAACGGAAUCAAAACAUAAUAUUAGCCAUUUAAUAAUUAAUCCUUUUGGUAAUGCUCUUUUCAAUAUAUAAGAGAUUAAAAACCGAAAGAGAAUAAUAUUUAUAAUCCAAUUAAUUUAUAGAUAAUUAUAUAACAACAUUGUAUUGCUAAAUUCUAAGAAUAUCUAUGA